UGGUGGCCAGUCUGUCAGCCUUGGUUUCGGCAUUUCUAGGAACCUCAUGGACUUGGGCUACUGUUGCCUCGGCCAGCAGUGCAGCUCCAGGGUCCCGCCUGACUUGGUCCUAGCGAAAGGGCUUCCCCAAAAGAGCGGCAGGUGGACAUUCCUGGGGUCUCGGGAUGACAUUGCCAAUGUGCCAAGUGCCUUGGGAAGCCUAGAAGCUACACUCCUCUGUAGGCACCUUUGCCAGCAAGCAGUUGAGCUAUGGACUCCAACCUGCAGGGGACAUUUCUCCUCAGCAACCCUUCUCUGCCCCCAUUCCCGGAAGUGAAAGCCCCCAUGUGCCAGUAUUCGGUGCAAAAUUCCUUUUACAAGCUCAAUCCUCCUGGGCUGAGUGCCCAGUUGGCGUCCGGCACACCGCACGGCAUCAGUGACAUCCUCAGCAGACCGGUGGCUCCUCCAAACAACAGCCUCCUGUCCGGCUACUCCCAUGUGGGGGGAUUCAAUGGACUGGGCACCCAGAGCAUUUACUAUGGCCCCCAAAUGGGCAGUUUUGCCAAGACGGGAAGCGAAUAUGGAGCCAGGGGCAGGAGCUGCUGGGCAGACCCAGGCCCGGAGUGGCAUGAAGGUCGAGUAUGUGGCAAUUCCACAGGGCACGUAGGUGACGGCCUCCACAAGAAGAAACAUACGCGGCCAACCUUCACAGGGCACCAGAUCUUUGCACUGGAGAAAACCUUUGAGCAGACCAAAUACUUGGCUGGGCCUGAGCGGGCACGACUGGCAUAUUCCCUGGGCAUGAGUGAAUCCCAGGUGAAGCGCUCUAAGAUGUUCCCUACUCCCUCAGCUGACAUCUGGCUCCCAACCCAAGCAUCCACCACUUCAGUUUCCAAGGAUUCAUCUGAAGUAUAUGUGGACACCAGAGAGGGUUGCCAGCUUGCCAUGAAGAGAAAGCUGAUCUUCUUGCCAAAAAGAUACCUCCAAGUUAAGUUUGGCCUUUGCCAGAAUCCCACGACUAGAAGCUGCCUGUUUAUUUUCUAAAAUUCAGCCUUCAUUUCAAAAUGAUGGCCGCCUAUCCUAGCAGAGUAUGUGACAGAUUGACAGGCCGAUUUUGGUUCUGAAGUAGGGUAUGAUGAAUUGAAGUGUUGAGGACAACUAUACCCAAUCUGGCAAUUUCCACAUCUGCUGAGGCUACAUCUUGUUGAGUUUCCAGCAAACUCUCUAUAGAGCUUUGAACAUGCCGGCAGAGAAUUCAGAGGCUGACAGUCUUAUCCAGGGGUGUCCUCAGAGAUAAGGACAAAAAAGUCAAGAUGGCAAUCACAACCAUGCAAUUGGAGCCCUGACUUUUUUUAAUGUGACACACAUAAAAUGACCCAUCUCUGUGGACACUCCUGGUCCUAUCAUGCUUGGAAAGGGCCAAUCUGGGAAUGGCUCUUUAAAAGUUCAGGAGUUAAUCGCUUUGAUGUCUUGGUUAUUCCUUUUUGAACCUUGUUCUUUCUUCCUUUCUUUUUUCAAAAAAAAAAUGUGGUUAUGGAUUGCCUCUAAAUUAAUAAUUAAAAACUAUUGCCCAUCUCAACCCAUUAAUGCAGCCACCCCAUUAAAGUAAGUUCAGUCAAUUAAUUUUGUGAGCUUGUCAGCAGAUUAAUUAUGUGAUUACAUCUUCAUAAAUAUGAGCAGAAAUUAACUGUUCUGAAGUGGGGAAAAACAGACUUUGGUUUCAAAUAAUACGUGCAUCGCUGCCUUAGGAAAAGCACCUUCUUCCAUGUGAGAACAAGGAAAAUGUUUAAAAGUGCUUUUUAUUUUUAAAGAUGUCUGUUGCCCAGUGAGGUGGAAAACAUUUCUUGAUAUUUUGCUUUGGCCCUCCAAAGGUUUUAAACCAAGGGAUCAAAUCAAUGAAUUAAUUGUACCACAUUUUGCCAGAUCUUUGUCCUCAGAAGCAAGGUGGCAAUCACAGAUUUAUCUUCCUGAUGGCCACCGCUCUCUUUCUUUGCUCCCUCUGGCAACCAUUUUCCUCCCCCCACAGCAGUCUCUCUGGGGAGGGUCCAUCCCAUUGGCCCAAUAUUUGGACUACUUGCUUGUCAAGACGGGGCCAAGGGGCAUAUGUCUCAGGUGCUGUAGAUGGCCCACCCCGAGCUCAAAGCAGAAGGUUGGCAAGUCUAGGGAACAGAUGUUCUUGUGACCCAGGGAGCCCUGAUGGCCUUGCCUCCCACCCCUCCU